AUGCGCCUGCAGACCCCCACCGCUUACUUGUGUUUCCUCGUGAGCUCCUGUCAAUUGUCUCGCUGCAGCCCUGAGCUAUCUGCAGGCGUGAGGAUGCGUUUCAGUUCCUCUAUCGUACUCCAUCCUCUUUUCUUUCCUCUUAACCCUUUCUUAACUCACCAUGGGCCCAAGAUAUCACGUCCAAGUCCUAGUCUUCUCCACAUUGCUCGUCCUCGCAGCGCCUCGACCAUAGAUUCCUCCGAGACGGUGUGGGUGGUGGUGGGCGGGCGGGCUGAACUGCCUUGUCGCCCAAACCCCAAGCGGUCAGAUGAUUCCCCAACGUUGGUGUUGUGGUACCGAACCAACAACAGGACCCCGAUCUAUACGUACGACACAAGACAAGGGGACUUUAUGAACGGCCAGAGAUGGAAGAACGAGAAAGUGCUGGGCGACAGGUCUUACUUCAUCACCUCCUCGGACCCUCCCAGGCUGGUGCUGGAACCCGUGCACGCCAGCGACCAGGGCGUGUACACCUGCAGAGUGGACUACAGCCUUUCGUCUUCCACCACUGUCAUCGUCAACCUUACCGUUAUCAUUCCCCCGGGGCCACCGCAGGUGUUGUGGCGAGGACGGUCUGUGGUUGGUGCUGUGGGUCCGCUGGGGGAUGGGGAGAGAACCUACCUUACCUGCCGCAGCUCAGGGGGUCGCCCUUCCCCAGUGCUCACCUGGCUGGAGGGGAGCACCCGCCUUGCUCUCGUCAGCGUCAACUCCACUCUCGAUCCCGUCAGCGGAACUUUCACGGCGGAGGCAGCCAUUUCAAUACUAGCCACGCGGGAGCUUCUGGACGCUUCCUUCACUUGCCAUGCCUACACCCCAAGACACGCUCACCUCAAGGGGCCACCAGUUCUCCAGGGCCGUUCCACCUCCGUCUCCCUCAACAUUACUUUGCCACCACAAAAUGUGAAAAUCUUGGGGUCCCAGUCUGCUGUGACGGAGGGCACACUGCUCAGGCUGGUGUGUCGCACUUACGGUUCGCAUCCCCCAGCACGCCUGCAGUGGUGGCGCGGCGACGCACUGCUCCCAGAUGUCACUUACGCUAUUGAAGAUGGAGGAAACAUAACAACAGCGACGAUGAGAGUGUUAGUGAACAGACAACAUGACGGUGCUACACUUAGAUGCACGGCCGCCAACCCCGUGCUCUCCGUCCCCCCGAUCACAGACACCACCACACUCACCGUUUACUACGCUCCCGUGGUGGGAUUGUCGCUGGGUCGAUCCAUGAAAGCAGACCGCAUCAAGGAAGGAGACGACGCCUAUUUCGAGUGCAGCAUUGAGGCAAAUCCGUCCUUCCACCGCGUUGACUGGCGGCACAACGGUGUGGAGCUGGUGCACAACAUGAGCGCCGGUGUUGUGAUGAACGGCCUCAAUCUGGUGCUGAGGCAACUGCAGAGAGAGCAGUCUGGGUCGUACACAUGCACGGCAGCAAACAACGAAGGUCGGGUCACCAGCAACGCCGUUCUUCUCUCCGUCAGGCACGUGCCAGUGUGCGCCGGUGCCAGGCAGGAGAAGACACAGGGGGCUGCCCGAGGCUCAACAGCAGCUGUCAAGUGCCUAGUGGAAGCGGAGCCCACCCAUGGCAUCAGGUGGACGUGGUACAGGAAACGGGUGGACGGCAGCGAGGAAGAGAUACCAGAGGAGGACGUGAGGAGUGAUGGUCUCUCUUCCAGUGUGUUAGUUACCCCACACACCCCGGACGACUAUGGACGAUUCCUCUGCCUGGCUGCUAAUGACGUGGGCAGCCAGGAGACAGCGUGCGUGGUGACCCUGGUGCCUGCCGGGCCUCCAGACACCCCUACCAACUGCUCCGUCAAUCCCAUUAAAGACAUGGCUCUCCCUGACACCGCCACUCUUGCAAUUAACUGCCUGGAGGGCUUCGACGGUGGCUUGCCUCAAAAGUUCUUCAUGGAGGCAUGGCAGGAUGGGAUUCUGAAGGCUAACAUGACCAGCGAUUUCCCAGAGUGGGUCGUGAAGGACUUGCACACGGGUGUGAGCGUCAGCGUGAAGGUCGCCGCUUACAACGCCAGAGGGAGGAGUGAGGGUCGCACCAUGGAGGUUCACACGACAAGUGCCCAGCACCACGCCGCGCCAGAUACUGAGGCACCAAUAGACAUUCCUCCCCUGGUUGGGGCCGUUCUGGGUCUUGUCGCUGUCCUACUCUUGCUCUUGGUGGUAGGCGUGGUGCUCUGCAGGAGGAUGAGGCCCCGUCCUCGCAAGCCCACAGCCGCUGAAGUGCCUCUGACACCCGGCGUGGGAGUGGACGGCUUCGACCCUGACGUGGUGGCGUCCAUCCAGCGGCCGCGACCUGGACUGGACGUGAUCCCUAGUGAUCAGGAGGAUGACCGAGACUACGAAGAUUCCUAUGAACAUGGACGUUUUAACACAGACGAUGACGAGGACAUGUUACAGGCACACGCGACACGACACUCAUGCGUUCAUGUACACAGAACAGGCGGUUCCAGCUCCAGUGAACAAGUAGGGCAGGGAAUGUACGCGCGGGGCGAAGGCGGCCCAUGUUCCUGUGCGCACAGCCGUGGGAGCAGAACCUCGCAAGACGUCGCCGUGCCCGAACACAAUAGGGACGGGCAGGGUGCUCCCAACAAUGACUCUCAGAGUUAUGACUCGGGGGUAUCUGAGUCAGAGUCUGACUCGGAGUUGCAGGUGAUGGCAGGAGGCAACGUGGCGGCCGUCGUCCGGCAGUACCCUGAUAGCGGUCGCUCCUACGUCACGCUGUCCCCAGGGGAGGCACUUGCCCAUGUCACGCCCGACGCCGAGGUUCAUCUGCUUCCGAUGAGCCACGUGGGCGUUGGUUCCCGGCCUCCCUCGUCACUAGACAUGCAGUCCGCCAACCCGUCCCCAAUGGAAGUGCGACUCAAACCUUUUGUGUCCAAGGAGUACCAGGUGUCGUCCGAUGAUGCAGAAGGUCUUCUUCUGCUGCCAUCUUCGUGCCGAGAGGUGCGCCUAGUUCCUUCUUCCGUUGCAGAGUCACGACUACUCAAAGGGUCUCCGUCAGAGCCACGUGUGCCCUCUUCCUUGGGGGACAUGAGUGUGAGGGAAACUUCUCGUAGAUCAUCGCGGCCUCCCUCAAGUUGUGCCACUAGGUCCCCAACCUCACAAGCGGAGGUAAUAUGUCUUCCUAUAUCUCCCGCUGAAUCUUCUUCGUCACGUUUGCUCUCAGAAAGGAGAUCAAGAGAAGCGACUCCCAAAGCAGCAAAACUACCACGCUCCUCUUCCUCCCGAGACUCCGAAGUUAAUCCAGGUGCUUGGGGACAAUCAGACCACGACGUGGGGCACCCAAUGACACAGGAGCAGCUUGAUUUGGGCAGGACAGUAACACUGUUGCAUGGUGAGCAGGGCGAGGUAGUGUUCAUACCAAGGAAAUCUCAAGGUGUUGACAGCAGGAGGGGCAGCCGUCAAUGUACUCCAGUAUUACCAAACGUUAAGAUGUAUGACGCUGCUCCUUCACCACUUCCUGAUACGCUACCCAAAGCUGUGGCUAAAGAAAGCAAAGCUAAAGCGUUGAAGCGCCUAAGAGAAAUGGAGAAGCUUGAGCAGACCAUAAACCCCAGUCCGGCUCUUCCCUUUGGACCUCAGGUCGCUCCAGACAGCCAAACUAAACUAUCUCCCACAGUAGGAAGAAGCUACCAACCCCGACCCAACCCAGAUGUGUGCAGGCGGGAAAGCUCAGUAUGACCCAGGCUCCCUGGCCUGGUGUGAUGACCUACCGUACCUGAGUAACUGUGGAUAGCCUCUGUUAUUCGUUGGAAGAGAAAUAAUACUAUGGAGAAUGCAGCAUGAUGUGUUCGACGUCAUCUCCUUGAAUCUAUUUCGUCAGUUACUUCCCUCGGUGUCAUGUCCGUGUUUAUGUCAAUAUUUGUCGCCAUACCCACCGAUGAUAAAAUUGUGUCGAUGAACACCUUUGGCAAAUAGUAUAUACAGUGAAAAUAGACUUGUGCUCAUGAACUAAAUCUAUAUAUGCAUGUUGUGAACUCGUCCUUGGACAGAGCUUUUCAUCUGACGUUCCAUUCAACGCUCCCUUUCUUCCUGGGUUGCGUCUUCACCAAAGAAUCUUCUGACCUCAGCGAGUUGUACCUUCAGUGGAGUGCGGUGCUGAUCGAGUCACCGCCACAUGCAGGGUAUCCUAUGCUCACGAAAGGGAUCUGUGUGGAGAAUCUCUCUCUCUUUCUCUCUCUCUCUCUCUCUCUCUCUCUCUCUCUCUCUCUCUCU